UUAACGGUGGAGUUUAUAAUGGAAACAUAACAGACAUUCAAAAUCCUAUUUUAUUCAAUAUGCAAAAUCCGCAAAGAAACUACGCCGAUCUGUCGUAUCGGAGAGACUGUCAUAUAGGAAACGGAUACUAUGCAAAUGGAAGUGCUCCUAAUACUCAAAACAUUAAUUAUAAUGCAAUGAACACUUUAAAAAAUGGCCAAACUGCCGCAAAUAAUUACCAACAAGCGUCUCGCUCUAAUUGGACUCCUAACAGAGUCACCAAUGGUGGUGUGAAAAAACCAAAACGUGUUCGUACAGCUUUUACAACGCAACAAAUGAUGGAACUGGAACUCGAGUACGCUAGAACGAGGUAUUUGGAUCGCAACCGGCGGAUUGAACUAUCCGAUUCAUUACACUUGAGUGAGAAAACGAUCAAAGUCUGGUUCCAAAACAGGCGUAUGAAAGAUAAGAAAGACAGAGCGGAAGGACUUGAAGAAGCUGAAGCUACAAGUACUACAGAAUCAUCACCUGAAAUGAAUGUACCGUCUCGGUAUAGCUACCAACCUACGCAGCAUGACCUCUAUCACCAAGGAAAUAUGUAUAUGGAAAAUACGGUCCCCAUGCCGGUCCUUGACACAAGUUUGCCUGUACCUUUGGAAACUGUAAUUAAUUACCCUAACUACAAUUUUAUGUCUAAUAUGACUGAGCCUACAUACAGCCCUUCAAUAGAACCUCAGUUUCAAAAUGUUAACCUGAUGCAAAUAGAGAAUAAUAUGACGACAGCGAUUAAAGAAGAGAAAGAAAAACAUGGGGAUAACAUAACUGCGUUAUUAUUAAAUGAUGAGGCAGGGCAAGAUAUAAUGAAUCCGCCAUCAUUUAAAGACCAAGAAGACACAAUAAUGCAUGACGAGUCAUGUAAUGAUACAUCUUCUCCUGACGAAGUGGAAGGUAGGCCAGAAAAAUCGUGCAUUGCUGGAGAUAACUGGGAGUUGUCGUGGAUUCGUAUAAUGGAUUUGGUUGACGAAGUCUAA